AUGCAGCAGUUGAACUGCGUAAGCUUGCUGCUCUGCCUCAGCGUCCUGCUGGCCGCACUCAGCCCCUUCGUCGCCGCCGCACGCAGAGAAGCCAGAAGCAGCCUAGAAGCUGUGAAGGGCGGCGAGGAGGUGAUCCGAAGGGAGGAAGUUCAUUUCAGUGGCCGCAUACCCUUCACCGCCGAUUACCAUACAAUCCACAGGCACCCGCCAAAGCACAACUAG